GGUUGUGGCGAAAUAUUUGAUGAUCUACAAAACCUAACUACUCAUAUUUCAGAUACACAUGUAGGUGGCGGCAAGCCUACCUACCGUUGUGAAUGGGAAAAGUGCCCAAGAAUUAACAAGCCAUUUACAAAGCGCCACAAGAUGCACAAUCAUCUUCGAACACAUACAGGCGAACGGCCUUUUGCAUGUCCAAAGCCAGAUUGUAACAAAAAAUUCUCUCGUCCUGAUUCACUGACAACACAUAUCAAGACACAUUCAAAUGUACGGCCCUUUGUAUGUAAAUUCAAAAGUUGCGGAAAAGCUUAUUAUCACGCCAGAUCACUUAAAAAACAUGAAAAGACACACGAAAGUAUAGAAACAGCACAUAUUCUACUACCA